AUGGGAGGCCCCGCACCCAGACUUUGCUUGCUUCUCUCUUGCUUUUAUCUCUUCAGGGUUGAGCCUGCUGCGGAGUUCACGCGGGUGCAGCGCCAGGCCUCAGCAUUCACAUGGAAAGCCAGUGCAGAGCGGCAGCAGGAGCCUGCCCCUGAGCCCAGCCACAGCUCCCAUGAGACGUCUCUCGUAGUAGACGAUGCCACAACAGUUGUGGAAGGCCAGGAGGCAGACGCUCCAGAUGCAGUGGCCAUGUCUUCGUGGGAAAGGCGGCUCCACCGGGCCAAGUGUGCACCAUCUUACUUGUUCUCCUGCUUCAAUGGGGGUGAGUGUGUGCACCCCGCUUUCUGUGACUGCAGACGCUUCAACGCCAGUGGACCUCGUUGCCAGUUGGUGUAUAACACGGGUCCUGAGCGGGACAGCAUCUGCCGGGCCUGGGGGCAGCACCACGUGGAGACGUUUGACGGCCUGUACUAUUACCUCUCUGGAAAGGGCAGUUACAUGCUGGUGGGACACCACGAACUUGAGGGGCAGAGCUUUUCCAUCCAGGUGCACAAUGACCCACACUGUGGCUCCGCCCACUACACAUGCCCGAGGUCUGUCAGCCUCUUCCUCUCCGGAGAGCAUGAGAUCCGCCUGGCGAAGGAGGUCACUCAUGGAGGUGUGAGGGUCCAGCUCCCACAGGCAGCGGGGGGCGUGCAGCUGCAGCAGUUGGCUGGCUUUGUCAUCGCACGGCAUCCGUCAGCCUUCACGCUGGCCUGGGAUGGUGUCUCGGCUGUCUACAUCAAGAUGAGCCCCGAGUUCCUGGGCUGGACCCAUGGCCUGUGUGGGAACAACAAUGCUGACCCUCUGGAUGACUUGGUGACCAGCUACGGGAAGCUGACUGAGGAUGUAGGGGAGUUCCUGCUCAGUUGGCAGGAGCAAGCCCCCAACAGCCCUUCAGGGCCCGUGACUCCUUCCCUGCCCCGUCCACCAUGCCUGCAGCAGAGCCCAGCAUCCAUGCAGGCUGUGUAUGAGCGGUGUGAAGUACUGUUGAGGCCGCCCUUCGAAACCUGCCAUGCCUAUGUCAGCCCUCUGCCCUUCACAGCCAGCUGUACCAGUGACCUCUGCCAAUCAGGAGGCGAUGAAACCACUUGGUGCCGAGCACUGACCGAAUACGCCCGAGCAUGUUCACAGGCAGGGCGCCCUCUGCAGGGCUGGAGAACCCAACUCCCACAAUGCAGUGUGCACUGCAAAGAAAAAGCCUUCAUCUACAACGAGUGUAUUGCUUGCUGCCCAGCUUCCUGCCAGUCCCGUGCUUCCUGCGUGGACAGCGAGAUCGCCUGUGUGGAUGGCUGCUACUGCCCCAACGGGCUGAUCUUUGAGGAUGGGGCCUGCAUGUCACCAGCCGAGUGUCCCUGUGAGUUCCACGGGACCCUACACCCGCCUGGCUCUGUGGUGACGGAGGACUGCAAUGCCUGUACGUGCACUGCAGGAAAGUGGGUGUGCAGCUCUUCCGUCUGUCCAGCUGAAUGCUCCGUGACUGGUGACAUCCACUUCACGACCUUUGACGGACGCCGGUACACAUUCCCUGCCACUUGUCAGUACAUCCUAGCCAAGAGCCGCUCCUCCGGCACCUUUACAGUGACGCUGCAGAACGCCCCAUGUGGCCUGAACCAGGAUGGAGCCUGUGUCCAGUCGGUGUCAGUGAUUCUGCACCAGGACCCUCGGAGGCAGGUGACCCUGACCCAGGCAGGCGAUGUCCUUCUGUUUGACCAGUACAAGAUCACCCCACCCUACUCAGAUGACGCGUUUGAGAUCCGGAGGCUGUCCUCCGUGUUCCUGAGGGUGAGGACCAACGUGGGUGUGCAGGUCCUCUAUGACCGGGAAGGGUUGCGGCUCUACCUGCAAGUGGACCAGCGAUGGGUGGAGGACACUGUGGGCCUCUGUGGCACCUUCAACGGCAACACACAGGAUGACUUCCUGUCUCCAGUGGGUGUGCCCGAGAGUACCCCACAACUGUUUGGCAAUUCUUGGAAAACCCUGUCUGCCUGCUCCCCGCUGCUCCCUGGCUCCUUGCUGGAUCCCUGUGAUGUGCAUUUGCAAGCUGCCUCCUAUGCCCUGCAGUCCUGCAGUGUGCUCACGGGGGAGCUCUUUGCACCCUGCUCCGCGUAUCUGAGCCCAAUACCCUACUUCGAGCAAUGCCGCAGGGAUGCCUGCCGCUGCGGGCAGCCCUGCCUGUGUGCCACGCUGGCCCACUACGCACGCCUGUGCCAGCGCCAUGGGCUUCCGGUUGACUUCCGUGCCCAUCUGCCAGCCUGCGCUCUGUCCUGUGAGGCCACCAAGGAGUACAGCCCUUGUGUGGCUCAGUGUGCACAGACAUGCCGGGACCUGGCCAGCCCUGAAGUCUGUGGGGCUAACGGUGGCGGUGGUAACUUCAGCAGGGACGAGUGUGUGGAGGGUUGUACCUGUCCCCCUGACACAUUUCUAGACACACGAGCUGACCUCUGUGUCCCCAGGAACCAGUGCUCUUGCCACUUCCAAGGCGUGGACUAUCCCCCUGGGGACAGCGACAUCCCUUCACUGGGACACUGCCACUGCAAAGAUGGAGUCAUGAGCUGUGACAGCCGAGCCCCAGCCGCCGCCUGUCCAGCAGGCCAGGUCUUCGUGAACUGCAGCGCACCGCACCUAGACCCUGAGCUCAGCAGGGAGAGGACAUGUGAGCAGCACCUGUUGAAUCUGAGCAUGGCGGCUCGUGGUCCCUGCCUGUCGGGCUGUGCCUGUCCCCAGGGCCUGCUCAGACACGGGGAUGCAUGCUUCCCACCGGAGGAGUGUCCAUGCACCUGGAAAGGGAAGGAGUAUUUUCCUGGGGACCAGGUAGUUUCUUCCUGCCACACCUGUGUGUGCCAGCGGGGCUCUUUCCAGUGUACCCUGCACCCCUGUGCCUCCACCUGCACUGCCUACGGGGACCGACACUACCGUACAUUCGACGGGCUUCCGUUUGACUUUGUAGGGGCGUGCAAAGUACACCUCGUCAAGAGUACCUCAGAGCUCAGCUUCUCUGUCAUGGUGGAAGAUGUGAACUGCUACAGCUCUGGCGUCGUCUGCAGGAAGUCCAUCUCCAUCGGGGUUGGCAGCUCACUCAUCAUCUUUGAUGAUGACUCAGGGGACCCUAGUCCUGAGAGCUUCCUGGACGAGAAGCAGUCUGUCCACAUCUGGAGAGCAGGCUUCUUCACCUUGGUGCAUUUCCCACGGGAACACAUCACCCUCCUAUGGGACCAGAGAACCACUGUACAUGUCCAGGCGGGCCCUCAGUGGCAGGGUCAGUUGGCCGGCCUCUGUGGGAACUUUGACCUAAAAACCGUCAAUGAGAUGCGGACCCCAGAAAACCUGGAAUUGACGAACCCCCAGGAGUUUGGCAGCAGUUGGGCUGCAGUGGAGUGCCCAGACACCCCUGACCCGAGGGAUACGUGUGUCCUGAACCCUCUCCGAGAGCCAUUUGCCAGGAAGGAGUGUGGGAUACUGCUCAGUGAGGUGUUUGAGACGUGCCACCCAGUGGUUGAUGUCACUUGGUUUUACUCAAACUGCCUGACGGACACAUGCGGCUGCAGCCGGGGUGGUGACUGUGAGUGCUUCUGUGCCAGCGUCUCUGCCUAUGCCCAUCAGUGUUGCCAGCAUGGGGUGGUCAUUGAUUGGCGGACCCCGCGCCUCUGCCCAUACGACUGUGACUUCUUCAACAAAGCGCUAGGUAAAGGUCCCUACCAGCUGUCCAGUGUGGCGGCUGGCGGCACCCUGGUGGCCAUGAAGGCUGCAGACAGUGACAUAGCCCUCGUGAGGGCAGAGGAUCUGGCGCCAGGGGACAUUUCAAGCUUUCUGCUGACAGCUGCUCUGUACAAGGCCAAGGCCCAUGACCCUGACGCUGUGUCACUGGAGGCAGCCGACAGGCCCAACUUCUUCCUGCACACCACAGCCGAUGGCUCCGUAGGGCUGGCUAAGUGGCACCGCAGCGAAGCCUUCCACCAGCAUGCCUCCUUCUCACUGCACCGGGGGACAUGGCAGGCUGGCCUGGUGGCUCUGGAGUCCCUGGCAAAGCCUGCUUCCUUCCUCCAUUCAUCAGGCCGUGAGCUGGCUCUGCGGACCUAUGAACACACAGAGGCAUUUCGUGGUGGCGCGCUCUUCCGCCUUCUGGAUGCCAAGCCUUCGGGGGCUGCCUACCCUGUCUGUGAGUGGCACUAUGAUGCCUGUGCCAGCCCCUGUUUCCAAACCUGCCGGGACCCACGGGCAGCCAGCUGCCAGGAUGUGCCCAGGGUAGAAGGCUGUGUCCCUGUGUGCCCCACUCCUAAGGUCCUGGAUGAAGUCACGCAGAGAUGUGUCUACCUGGAAGACUGUGUGGAGCCACCCCUGGGGGGUCCCACCGAAGCCCUUGACAAUGAGACUCUGGCACCGGGUCAAGUGCUACCCACCCCCAGUGACAAGCAGGAGCGUCUACAGGAGUCCCCUAGAGCCCCCACCCGCGGGCCUGUCCUUGUCCCAUUAUCCCCUCUCACCUCAGCCCCAAACCCACCAAUGGCUGCCACCGAGGGGCCAGCACCCUCUCCAGGGUCUGCCCAACCCACACAGCAGCUACCACUGGGGCUUACAGCAUCUAACCAUCCAGCCCACCGCACCGAGGUCCCCGCCCCUUUUCACCUCCCAGGGUCCUCAUCGUCCCUCCCCAGUUCUCUGCAGACACCCACAUCUGGUACUGUAUCAGGUACAACAGAGACAACCAAAGUGACUGUGACCUUUUCAAGGAGUCCCAACACUACAGUCUCCUCCCAGUCACCCCCUGUACCUCGCUUCCCACUCAUGACCAAAGCUGUGACAGCCCUGGGUCAUGACUCCUUUACUGUUAAAACUACGUCCCUGCAGCCCUCUCAGCUGCCAAGCCCCUCCUCCAGACCUGUGACAUCCCCUGGAGCAACUUCUUGGCCCCCCAGAUCCCUGGGAUCCCAUCUGACAACAGCCGUAACUAAGGUCACAAAUAAGACAGUGAUGUCCCUGUCCACCCUGGUCCAGAACACUUCAAGUUCCAGCCACCCCCUGACUGUGGUGAGCACGGCAGAGCAAACUCCUGUCAGUCCCCUUGUCACCAAGGGCUUGGAGGUGGUGCCAGCCACAGAGAAGGGAGAAUCUGGGCACAGCCAGCCUACAGAGCUGCUGAUGUCCCGACACCCAAGCUCAGCCCCCAUUGGCCUGCCUCACUCAGCCCAAGAUACCACCACAGCACCCAGGCCUCCAGCUCUGUCCCCAGGGACCCUGGCUGCCGACACCCCAUCCACAGGUGCUCACAGACUGGGAGCAACAGCUUUAGUUUCUCUAGAGUCAACUCGGCCACCCCAGCUCCUCUCUGGCCUGCCUCCUGACACCAGCCUGCCCUUAGCUAAGGUGGGCACAUCUGCCCCAGUGGUCACAUCUGGCUCCAAAGGCUACAUCCCCACCCCUCCACCUCAGCACCAGGCCACGACUCUAGCCACAGCCAUGACUGUGACUUCCCCUGCUCAGACACUCAGUCUGACAGUGCCACUCAUGUCUGCUGUGGAGGAGCAGGCACACUCACCUAGUGCCAUGGUUCCCCAAGUAACAGGUAUGGCUCCAGAUCUGAUUUUAGGAGCCACAUUACCAAGCUCUGGUGCCUCAUCUGUGUCUGCUGGGGAGCCCCCCACAGUGUCUCUUGCCCCACGGAAAAGCACCACCCAGAAAGCAGCCAUUCUAUCUAAGAAGGUGUCUCCACCCACACUCCUCUCUGGCUCUGCCCAGGGUGGGUUCACAGAACUCACAGAACCUAUAGUGAGCCAUACUGUUGCUCCCUUGGUGACGGAGGCUGAAGGCCCCCAGGCUGGCAUGGUGCCACUGGUGCCCACAUCCUACUCCCUAAGCUGGGUAUCAGCCAGGACAGCCUCCCGGGAGGGACCCCUGGUUCUGCUACCUCAGCUGGCAGAGGCUCACGGAACCCCAGCAGGGCUCAAGCCCCAAGAGGAUCUAGGGCACCAGGCCACCACGGAGCAGUCAGGCCGCUCAGCUCCAGCCCACAGCAUAGCAGAGGGAUCGAUGGAGGCCGACGUGAACAUUUCUGCCGCCUGCGUGCCCAUCGCUGAACAAGACUGCGUCCGUCACAUAUGCCUAGAAGGCCAGCUAAUACGUGUGAACCAGACCCAGCACUGUCCUCACGGUGCUGUGCGCCCUCACUGUGGGGUCCUGGGCCUCGCUGUGCGGGUGGGCGGGGAUCGCUGCUGCCCAGUCUGGGAAUGUGCCUGCCGAUGCUCAGUCUUCCCAGACCUGAGCUUUGUAACCUUUGAUGGCAGCCACGCAGCUCUGUUCAAGGAGGCCAUCUAUAUCCUCAGCCAGAGCCCAGAGGAGAUCAUCUCCGUACACGUCCUGGAUUGCAAGAGUGCCAACUUGGGACACCUGAACUGGCCCCCAUUCUGCCUGGUGAUACUAAAUGUGACUCAUCUGGCCCACCAUGUCACCAUUGACCGCUUCAAUAGGAAGGUAACUGUGGACUCUCAGGUUGUGCGGCCGCCCAUGAGCAGAUAUGGGUUCCGAAUUGAGGAUACAGGACACAUGUAUAUCAUCCGAACACCCUCACGCAUACAGAUCCAAUGGCUCCACAGCUCCGGACUCAUGAUCCUGGAAGCCAGCAAAGCCAGCAAGGCUCAGGGCCAUGGCCUAUGUGGUAUCUGUGAUGGAGAUGCAGCCAAUGACCUCACCCUGAAGGAUGGGUCCGUGCUGGGUGAGGCAGAGGACCCUGUCCCCUUUCUGGAUAGCUGGCAGGUGCCCAGCUCCUUGACCUCAGAGGGUCAGACCCGCUUCCGCCCAGACAGUUGUGCCACAGCUGACUGUUCGCCCUGCCUUCGCAUGGUGUCCAACCGCACCUUCAGUGCCUGCCACAGCUUUGUCUCCCCAGAGUCAUUCUGUGAGCUGUGGAUUCGGGACACCAAGUACGUGCAGCAGCCCUGUGUGGCACUCACCGUGUAUGUGGCUAUGUGUCACAAGUUCCACGUGUGCAUUGAGUGGCGGGGCUCCGACUACUGCCCCUUCCUGUGCUCCAGUGACUCUACCUACCAGGCCUGUGUGGCAGCUUGCGAACCCCCCGAAACAUGCCAGGAUGGGACAUUGGGUCCACUGGACCCAGAGCAGUGCCAAGUGCUGGGCGAGGGCUGCGUGUGCUCUGAGGGCACCAUUUUGCACCGUCGCCACUCUGCGCUCUGCAUCCCUGAGGACAAGUGUGCCUGCACCGAUAGCACAGGGGUGCCGCGUGCCCUGGGGGAAACCUGGAACAGUUCCCUCAGUGGCUGCUGCCAGCAACAGUGCCAGGCCCCAGACACCAUUGUACCCGUGGACCUGGACUGCCCUGGUCCCCGACCUGAGAGUUGCCCACGCUUUGGAGAAGUGAUCCUGUUAAGGCCCACAGAGGACCCCUGCUGCCUGGGGAGCGUCUGCGUGUGUAACCAGACUCUGUGCGAGGGCCUUGCUCCCACCUGCCGCCCGGGCCACAGACUCAUCACCCACUUCCAGGAAGACUCCUGCUGUCCCAGUUACAGCUGCGAGUGUGAUCCCGGUCUGUGUGAAGCUGAGCAGGUCCCUACCUGUCGCCAGGACCAGGUCUUGAUCGAGGGCCGCCUUGGGGACUCCUGCUGUACCUCGUACUUCUGUGGCUGUGGUGAGUGUCCAGACCCCAUGCCCGAGUGUCAGGAAGGAGAGGCACUGACUGUGCACCCGAAUACCACGGAGCUCUGUUGUCCCCUGUUUCAGUGUGUGUGUGAGCACUUCCGCUGCCCACAGGUACAGUGUGGCAUGGGCACUUCCCUGGUGGAGGUGUGGAGCCCAGACCGCUGCUGCCCCUACAAGUCCUGUGAGUGUGAUUGUGACACAAUUCCUGUGCCCAGAUGCCAUCUGUGGGAAAAGUCCCAGUUGGAUGAGGUGUCCAUGCACAGCAAAGAGAACGUGUGUGGCUGCGCCAAAUACGAAUGUGUGAAAGCCCCCGUAUGCCUGAGCCGUGAACUGGGGGUCAUGCAGCCAGGCCAGACUGUGGUAGAGCUCUCAGCGGAUGGCGUGUGCCAUACAUCCCGAUGCACAGACGUGCUGGACCCUCUCACCAACUUCUACCAGAUCAACACCACCUCUGUCCUUUGUGACAUGCACUGCGAGGCGAACCAGGAGUACGACCACCCACGGGACCUCGCGGCCUGCUGCGGCUCCUGCAGGAACGUGUCUUGCCUCUUCACCUUCCCCAAUGGCACCACUUCACUGUUCUUGCCUGGUGCAUCCUGGAUUGCAGAUUGUGCCCGCCAUCACUGUGGCAGCACUCCCCUGGGCGCUGUGCUUGUCCGCUCGCCCAUCAGCUGCCCUCCGCUGAAUGAGACUGAGUGUGCCAAGGUCGGCGGCUCUGUGGUACCAUCCUUGGAAGGAUGCUGCAGGACGUGUAAGGAGGAUGGGCGUUCCUGCAAGAAGGUGACCAUCCGCAUGACCAUCCGCAAGAGCGACUGCCGGAGCAACACCCCUGUGAACCUGGUGUCUUGCGAUGGGAGGUGUCCUUCUGCCAGCAUCUACAACCACAACAUCAACACCUAUGCCCGCUUCUGCAAAUGCUGCCGUGAGGUGGGACUGCAGCGCCGUUCUGUGCAGCUCUUCUGUGCCACCAAUGCCACCUGGGUGCCCUACACAGUACAGGAGCCUACGGAUUGCGCCUGCCAGUGGUCCUGA